GCCGGUAAACGAGCCACGAUCCUUUCCUUUCGUCAUGUCUGAAUACUGGGUUUCGAAGAACAAGUACUACUGCAAAUACUGCGAGAUCUACAUCGCCGACGAUGCACCAUCGCGCAGCCAACACGAAAAUGGACUGAGGCAUAAAGGCAAUAAAGAGCGGUUCGUUAGGAACCUCUACAAGACCAGCGAGAAGAAAAAGCAAGAUGCCGAAGAGGAGCAGAGGGAGAUGGCCAGGGUUGAGCGGGCGGCACAAGCGGCAUUCGCGCGCGAUGUCGGCGCUGGACUGGCGAAAGGCAGCUCGGGUCCCUCGGUCGCAUCCUCCAGCGCUGCAGCGACGGCGAAGAAGCCGGCUGCGAAGCCGGCCAGCCCGUGGGCGAACUACUCGACCGCCGAGUCGUUAGGAUACGUCGAUCCGGAUGCUGAGCGUGCGAAGGCGGAGGCGGAACGUAGGAAAACGCAAGGGGUCGCGGGGGAAUGGCAACUGGUCCAGUCCACGGAGCGCCCAGUGGCCCCUGAAGUUGAGGCAGAGGAGGGGGCUAUACCUGCCGAAACGGCGGUAGGGCAAAAGAGGGUAGCGGAAGCUGUGGACGAGGACGAGGACGCCCGUGAGUUCAAACUGCGGAAGAAAACCGUCGGCCCCGGCUUGGGUCAGAUAUACGACCCCGGGCUCAUACCGAUCAAACUGAAGACGAAGAAAGAAGAACCCUCGAUGGAAGGUGCAAGCGCGCAGUCUAGGCCGUCGGAGACCAACGCCACGAACGGCCCAAGAUGGACCUCGAGUGGCUGGAAACGCCCUGGGGAGUCAGCACAGGACGUGAAGCAGGAAGACGGACUCGAUACUCUGAAGCAGGGGGAUGUAUCUUCCAAAGCGCAGGAGGGUGCAGGUGACGUCAAGCAAGAGGAAGUAGCGCUGAAGGUCGAGGAAUCCGAAACGAAGGCUCAAGCCACCACCGAAGCACCUGUGUUCCGCAAGAGGAAGGUACCGGCUGGAGGAGGCAGAGGACGACGUGCCUAG